GUUAAUUCUCAGUUAAACAAGGUGUUCGACACCGUUGCCAGGUUUGACUCGAUCAUCCUGAAAUUUAUUACAGUACUCACAAACGCCGUCGUGCGUCAACUUCUCUUAUUGGAUGCAUAUAAUUUGUUUGAACAAAGCUGCUUACUUAGCACAAGGCUUUCACAUAGCAGAUUUUGGUAUUUAUCUUAGUAGCUGAAGUUUUUUUGCCCGAGAAAAUGACUAACAUUAUCCCGGGCAAUCCUGGAAUGGAAAAGCUAAUUCCGAUGGUUAACAAGUUACAACAUGCUUUUGCCCAGUUGCUCAUUCCCGUGGCUCUUGAUUUGCCCCAAAUUGCUGUUAUUGGAGGGCAAAGUGCUGGAAAAAGCAGUGUUCUUGAGAGCUUCGUGGGACGGGAUUUCUUGCCUAGGGGAUCUGGUGUCGUGACCCGACGGCCAGUCAUACUGCAGCUGGUCACUAACGAUGUCGAGUGCGCAGAGUUCUUACACUUAAAAGGAAAACAGUUCACAGACUUCAGUGAAGUACGGCGUGAAAUCGAACGCGAAACCGACAGAUUACUUGGUCAUACAAAAAAUAUUUCACCUGUACCUAUCCAUUUGCGGAUUUAUUCGCCACAUGUUUUGAACCUGACUUUGAUUGAUCUCCCUGGAAUGACUAAAGUUCCAGUAGGAGAUCAGCCACGGGAUAUUGAGAAACAAAUUCGGGACAUGGUUCUUCAGUUUGUCCGUCAGGAAAACUGUUUAAUUCUCGCUGUAUCGCCCGCAAACUCUGAUCUGGCCACAUCCGAUGCUUUAAAGAUCGCCAAGGAAGUUGAUCCGAUGGGUGUGCGGACCAUCGGGGUCAUCACCAAACUCGAUCUAAUGGACGAGGGAACUGACGCUAGAGAAAUCUUGGAAAACCGUCUCUUGCCGCUUCGGCGAGGUUAUGUUGGAGUGGUCAGUCGUAGCCAGAGAGAUGUCGAGUCGAAUAAAAAUAUCCAAGAAGCUCUGGAGAGCGAACGCAUCUUCUUUCUGGGCCACCCUGCAUACCGACACAUGGCAGACCGAAUGGGCACACCAUUUCUCCAGCAAGUUUUAAAUCAGCAGCUCGUCAACCACAUUCGUGACGUAUUACCUGCCGUGCGAGAAAAAAUUCACCGCCAAAUAAACGCCAUGGAAAAAGAAAUUCAGGACUACAAACUGCUGGCUCCAGGCGAUACGUCGCGGAGGACAAAGGUCAUGCUGCUAUUGGUGCAGCAAUUUGCAAAUGAAUUUGAACGUUGCAUAGAAGGUGCCACGGUUGGCACCUACGAUGUUAACACCAACGAACUUAGUGGUGGCGCUCGGAUAAAUCGCAUCUUCCAUGAGCGGUUUCCGUACGAAUUAUUAAAAACUGGAUUUGCUGACACGGAAUUGCGACGGGAAAUUGCUGUGGCUAUCAGAAACAUUCAUGGAGUUCGGGUUGGGCUGUUCACACCAGACAAAGCCUUUGAGACGAUCGUUAAAACUCAGAUUGUCAAGCUGAAGGAGCCGUCACUGCGUUGUGUCGAUAUGGUAAUAAUCGAGUUGGCAAAGGCUAUUCACCAAAUCAGCAACCGUCUGGAUCCGUUUCCGCGGCUCAAAGAGGAAAUAGAACGGCUGAUUGCUACGCAUGCUCGCGAUCGCGAGAGAAUCACGAAAGAGCAAAUCAAACUGAUAAUCGACAUUGAGCUCGCCUAUAUGAACACAAACCAUGACGAUUUCGUAGGGUUUCAAGGCGCUGCGCCACGUGCCUCAGCCUCGCAACAUAAGGUGCAGUCAACGCCUGGGAAUCAAGUACUGCGAAAAGGUUAUCUCGCUGUACAGAAGACCGGAGGGUUUAUGCGAGGCAACAAAGAACAGUGGUUUGUUCUUACCCAUGAGGAUCUGACUUGGUUCAACGAUAUGAGUGAAAUCGAACGAAAAUUUAUACUGCCGGUGGAAGGUUUGAGGUAUUUUGACUUGGACGCAGGAUUUUUAUCAAGGAGACCGGUAGUCGCCCUAUACCAUCCUGAUGGACGGAAUGUUUACAAAGGUCACAAACAACUCGAACUGUCUUGUGCAAACCCGGACGAGAUGGACGGCUGGAGGGCCGCAUUUAUCCGAGUGGGAAUUAACCCUACAAAAGUCGACGAUAAAUUUAAAACAAGCACAAGCAAUGCUUCAGAUGCAGACCCAGCAGACCCUCAACUCGAGCGACAAGUCGAGACAAUUCGAAACCUGGUGGAAUCAUACAUGCGCAUUGUCAGUAAGAACGUGCGUGAUAUCAUCCCGAAAACCAUUGUCCACCUCCUGAUAAGUGAAAUGAAACGAUUUAUCCAUUCUGAAUUGCUUCCAAAACUGUAUGGUAGCACCGAUCAAGAAGGUUUGAUGGAAGAGUCCCAAGACGCGGUGACGCGACGCCAAUCUGCCCUGGCCAUGCAUCAAGCCUGUAAAGACGCGCUAAAAAUCAUCGGAGACGUGGUAGUGGAAACUGUCAGCACGCCUAUCCCACCCCCAGUCGACAGUAACUGGAUAUUGGUUAGUAAAGCUCUGUCUACUCCGUCUGUCCCGACUGUCAGCAUCGAUGCAUCGAAACGGGGUGUCUCUGUGGAAAUGUCCGGAACAGUGGAUUUGGGGAAAUUGGCAUGCGGCCAAGGUAAUUCGGUGGGUAAUGCUUUGAGCCGAGCCCCGCCCGUGCCGGUUCGAGGAUCUUUAACAGUACCAUUACCCAGUAAGAAGACGCCGGAUAGCGGAGCUAACGAUGGGCCAAUGCUGGCAAUUGCCUUUGGAGAUCGGGAAAAAGCGGCUGUGAGGUUACCAACGCCGAUGACACCGCGGCCGAAAGCAGGCCCGUAAUAUUUGUACUUAAUUGAUUUAUCUGCUUGAUCUGCAGGGCCUGCCAUAAGUUUUGUUUAUAUGGUCUUCGCAAAUCUGUAAGCCCAUCUUAACAGCUUGAUGAUCUUUAUUGCUGCCAAUUGUUAAGGUUAACGCCGAUCCGCGUAUUGCAAUCCUACGAAUGCAGUGGCAAUGUGCAUCAUAUUACUGGUAACUUUCAGGUUCAGUUUCACUAAUGCAAUGCAUCGGGCUGAAUUGAAUGUGAGGACAAUUACAAAAAUUUAACGCUGGAUUAUCAGCUGUUUGUUGGCAUUCUUGUAAA